CGGGCAACGAGGCGCAGACGGGAAUCACUUCCGCCCUUCCCAGAAAGGGGCGGGGUCGGGAGCGCGGCGCGUUGUUCGCGCGUCACUUCCUGCGAGUCCGGCGGCGAGAACGGCAACAUGGCUCUAAACGGUGUCGACGUCGACGACUUCUCCUGGGAACCUCCGACCGAAGCGGAGACCAAGGUGCUGCAGGCGCGACGAGAGAGGCAGGAUCGCAUCUCCCGGCUCAUGGGCGACUACCUGCUGCGUGGCUACCGCAUGCUGAGCGAGACCUGCGAGGACUGCGGGACGAUCCUCCUGCAGGACAAGCAGCGGAAAAUCUACUGCGUGGCUUGUCAGGAGCUCGACUCGGACGUGGACAAAGAUAAUCCGGCUCUGAAUGCCCAGGCCGCGCUCUCUCAAGCUCGGGAGCACCAGCUGGCUUCUGCCACAGAGGCCCCCUCGGGUUCUCGGCCCGCUCCGCAGCCCGCGGUGCCCCGUCCAGAGCACUGCGAGGGAGCUGCUGCAGGACUCAAGGCAGCCCAGGUGCCGGCCCCUCCUGCUGCUCCUGCCAAUGCCGACGUUGUGGCCAGCACACAGGAAGCCCUCCUGCAGAAGCUGACCUGGGCUUCAACCGAGCUGUGCUCGAGCACCUCUCUGGAAACUAGCAUCCAACUGUGUAGCCUGAUCCGGGCUUGUGCCGAGGCCAUUCGCAGCCUGCGGCAGCUGCAACACUAACACACCCUCCUGAGAAAAAAAAGUCCUCCAGAAAAACA